CUAUUUCAAACAUUAAUUUUUUUAAUUUUAGCAAUUUCAUAAUUGUUAUCUCCUAAAUACUUGAAGUUAUAUAAAAUUAUUUUUUUUCAGCCAUUAUAUUUCAACGCCUAUAUAUCAGCAACGACAAUACUCUAAAACCAAGCCUUAACGAAAUAAUAAGGGCCAGUUCAAAACAAAUGCGAUAAUCGGGGGAGUAUUUUGCAACUCAUCGUCUUCCUUGUAAAUGAUAGUCCAACCUCUGGCCCUGUUCUCGUUUUCUUUCCGCACCAAACCAACCGCCAUGGAAGCACAACCUCCUCCUCAAGGGUACAGAAGAAAUGCGGGCAUCUGCCUCAUCAAUUCAUCUAACAAGAUAUUUUCUGCCUCAAGGCUCAGUCACCCUGAAAUUUGGCAGAUGCCCCAGGGGGGUAUCGAUGAAGGUGAGGAUCCAAAAGCUGCUGCUUUCAGGGAGUUGAGGGAGGAGACUGGAGUCAGUUCUGCAGAAAUUCUUGCAGAGGUUCCAUAUUGGUUGACGUAUGAUUUCCCACCCGAGAGUAGGAAAGAGCUCAAAAUCAGAUGGGGUACCGACUAUAAAGGCCAAGCGCAGAAGUGGUUCCUCUUUAAGUUUACUGGCAAAGAAGAGGAAAUCAAUCUUUUGGGGGAUGGAACUGAGAAGCCCGAGUUCGGGAAGUGGUCGUGGAUGUCGCCCGAGCAAGUCCUUGAGCUUGUAGUAGACAUGAAGAAGCCCGUCUAUAAGGAAGUUUUGAGUUUCUUCGCUCCAUAUCUCCAAGAGCAGCUUUGAAGCCCCAGAAGAUCUUUUCAUGCUUGGUAAGAUUUUAGAACAGUUUCCCACUAAUUUAUUUGGAAUUUGUCUCCAAGAACAGCUUUGAAUUUCAGGUGUUUUGCAGCGACUAAGAUCGGAGAUCUUCAUCCUAUUCGAUGUUUCAUAUUUCUAUUGCAGCCUUCCAGCAGUUGAAUCACUAUCAUAUGCCAAUCUGUCUUGAAAGACAGAGAGUCUUUAGAACUUGCUCGGCCUUUCAGCUGAUGUCGAGAAAAAUUCUUCGAUUCAUAAUCAGACAGUCUUUGGACAACUUUCUGAGAACCGUUCGAUGUUACAUGAUCGGCAGAAGAUCAGAAAUCAUAGGAAUUCUCAUACAAAGCAAUCAGCAAAACCACUUACAAGAUCAAGACUGCACGAACCAAAUCCGACCCAAGAUCAAACCCAAAGGCAGAAAUAGUUCAGUGUCACUCAACUUUCUAUGACUGGAAAACGGUCCCGAGGCCCAUUUUUUGAUGGUCCAAGAGACGAAGGAACACAUCUAUCCCUAUUCAUACCCUUCAUUAAUUCCGACAAUUUCUCGAUCUCUUCAGUCACAACCUCGCCGACGAUCUCACGAGAGAACAUUUUGAUCGUAUCCGUUCCUGCCUGCCUUCUUCUAUCCUUACAUUCCUCAGGGCUACUCACCAAAUGCCUCAUGAGUCUCCGAAGCUCACCCACUGAGGGCUCCUUCCAAAGGCUACAAAGAAAUAAAACUCAUCAAAGAGAAUGUAGAGUAGUGAUGCACAUACUCGUAUGUUGAUUACGAGGUUCCGGUGAAAGAUGGUAAUUGGUCGACCAUAGUCUUCGCCCGCCUGCUUGAGGUCAUCGGCUUUGACCAUAUAAUUAAAGUUUUAUGCUUGGAAUAGAAUUUGACCGGACAGAUGGCCAUGGCCAAUCAAUACAAGUAAAUUGAUUCAACUUUUACGAAAAAUAA